GACAGCUAAGAUGACGCACUCGCUACUCGAAGUGGGCGGAGCUCCGCGGGGGCUUUAUUCUGAAGAGUUUCCCAUACGAGCGGAAGCCGUCAAUAAAGAAGCGGCGGAGCUAGGCGUCUGGGUUUCCGAUGAGACUGAGGACCAAAGAAGAAAAGUGAUCUCCAGAGUCACAGAGUAACUCACUGGUGAAGCUUGACAGGAAUACAAGCCUGCAAUUGCAAAGACCAGGGAUUUUUUCCUGUUAGGAAAGAGACCCAAAGAUCAAGUUAUCUUGCUGGGAAAUGCCCAAAGUCAAAAGAAGCCGGAAAGCUCCUCCAGAUGGCUGGGAGUUGAUCGAACCAACCCUGGAUGAAUUAGAUCAAAAGAUGAGAGAAGCUGAAACAGAACCUCACGAAGGAAAGAGGAAAGUGGAAUCCCUGUGGCCCAUCUUCAGGAUCCAUCACCAGAAAACCCGCUACAUCUUUGACCUCUUUUACAAGCGGAAAGCCAUAAGCAGAGAACUCUAUGAAUACUGCAUUAAAGAAGGCUAUGCAGACAAAAACCUGAUUGCAAAGUGGAAAAAGCAGGGCUAUGAGAACCUGUGCUGCCUGCGCUGCAUCCAAACACGGGACACCAACUUCGGGACCAACUGCAUUUGCCGGGUUCCCAAAAGCAAGCUGGAAGUGGGCCGCAUCAUCGAGUGUACGCACUGUGGCUGCCGAGGCUGCUCUGGUUGAGGCCCCUGCCUCCUCUCCAUCCUUUCCAUCCUGGACUUUGCACCUUGUGGGUUCCUGCUUAUCUGCCAGCUCCUUGUGGAGCAGCUCUUCUGAAAGUAGUACCUGGGACCCAGUCGGAAUGUGGUCUCUAUAGGUGAAGGCUUUGUGUUCAUCAGCUGUGAUUUGUAAAAAUAAAACCUUUAAACCUC